AUGAAUAUCAAUCACCAAAUCAAUUUCUACUUUGCAAAUCGCCAAUACACUCUUGUCUGGCAAGAUCUCGAUCAAAAUAUCCUAAAUGAAGUCGUCUUCUUCGUUUUAAAUGACAUCUCCUCAAAAAAUAAAUUGAAUAACCUAACAUUCACCGAUUCCAAUCUUUCACCCAUCCAAUAAUCACUUGCACUCUUCCUCCAAUCACAACAUAUCUUCAUCAAUAACACCCCUCCCAUCACCCAGGUUCAAGAGUGCGAAUUUUAGAAUCUCUAUGAGAUCCUUCCCAAUCAACUUCUAAUCCAGAAAUUUAAGAACAAGCGCAAAUUAGAAAGUGUAAACUAUCAGAUGCAAACAAUCCUUAACCUCAAUCAACAAUUCAGAGAAACUAGCUCAAACAUCAAGGACAAUAAUAACAUGAUCAACCAAAAAUAAAGUAUCGAAAGAAGUGCCAACACCUAUCCAAUCACCAAAAUAUAAUCUUCAAACACGCAGCCAUUGAAUAAGCGUCAAACAGAAUUAAAAUCCUACACCAUCGAAGAAGUAAAACUCCCUAUUAUUUUCAAGGUUUAGCAGCACAAUACCCAAAAAGAUGCAUGGAUUGUGCUACAGGAUAAUAUCUACGACGUGUCCUAUUAUAUUGAAAAACAUCCUGGUGGCAGAGAAUAAAUUCUAAGAGGAGUUGGGAAAGAUGCCACUUUCCUCUUUCUCUAGCAUCACCCCUGGGUUAACUUUCAUUAUAUUCUUGAAAAAUUUUAAGUUGGUUAUUUAGUAAGAUGA